GGAAAUAAUAUGGAGAUGUGUCUGUAACUCCGUAUGCUCGUAUAUAUAUGGGUCGCUAGGGCCUGUUGCUGAUACGCAUCGGCCUAGCUAGCUUGGUAUAACCGUAACAAUGGCGGCUCGUACUUCUCUUCUACUCCUCCUCCUGCUGCUGGCGCCGCCGGACUCGUCCACUGCGUCGGUGGCCGGGCUGAUUCCCAAGCUCAAAUUCUUUGAAAAAUCUAUCUCGGCCAUCGAGGAAGUCGCCGGCUAUUACCUGGAGGAAAAGGAGGAGGGCGUCAAGGACGUCUCCGGCGAGCAGAGCAGCGCCGACGACCGCCAGCUGGGCAGCUCGGCGGCGGACAGCUACGGCGCCUUGAUCUUCGACCUCCCCAUCGGGUCAUCGCCGCCACAGGUCCUCCCCUUUGUCAUGGACAUCACCACCGACCUCGUCUGGGCGCAAUGCGGCAAGCCCGGGCCCACAUAUGCGCCCACCUUCCGGCCGAACCGCUCCGACUCCUUCGCCCCGAUCGGCUGCGCCGACCCGGCAUGCACCCGCCUGAUGCCCAAGUACAAAUGCGCCGGCCCCGGCGACCGCUGCGGUGGCACGUCGGCCUUCCUCGCCACCGACACGUUCACCUUCGGGGCCACGCCCGCCAAAGGCAUGGUGUUCGGCUGCAUCGGCAAGGUCCCGGAGCGGAACCUCAACAGCUCAUUCGGCUCCGCGGGCUUCAGCAGGGGGCCUCUCUCGCUUGUGUCGCAGCUCCAGAUCUCCAGAUUCUCCUACUUCAUCGACGACGGUGGCGGCGACAAGAGCUUCGUCAGCUUCAGCGUCGGAGACGACGCGGCGCCGGCCAAGGAUAAGGGCAGCCGGAGCACGCCGUUGCUCAAGGGCAAGCACCCUGACCUGUACUACGUCAAGCUAACAGGCGUGCAGGUCGACGGCGAGCUCCUCAAGGACAUCCCGGAGGAGACCUUCUCCGGCUCCGGCGGGGUGAUUCUCAGCACCACCCUUCCCGUCACCUACCUCGAACACGCCGCGUACAAGGUUCUGAGGCAGAAGUUGUUGACCAAGAUCCUGCAGCAGAAGGUCGUCGGGGUACCCAAGAGCCCCGAUGACGACCGCCUGUGCUUCCCCACCAAGGAAUUUGCCGCUGUCAAGGUUCCUAGGGUCGCCAUGGUGUUUGACGGUGCCGACGCGACGAUGGAGCUCAAUGUGAAGAACUACUUCUUCGACAUCGCCGGUAGCGACCAGACUUGCCUCACCAUACGUCCAUCGACCGGUGGGUCCGUCCUCGGCAGCCUGCUGCAGACGGGCAGGAACAUGACCUACGACAUCCACAACGACGGCGGCGUGCUGACAUUUGGGCCGGCAAUGCCCGCCGGUGGGCCAGCUGCGGCAGCGAAGGGUGGCGCCCCUGCGCAGGCGCAGGCGUCGCUCGUGACAAUAGCCACUCUUCUAGGGUGGGUGCUCAUCUUCUAGUUCUAGCAGUUAAGUUCACAUGGAGCGAGGCAUGUGUUAUGUCAGCCGUGUUAGCCAAUGUACGUGCAUCAUUGUGGUAUCAUGCAUAGUGUUAAUUAAGUAAGUGCAUGCAUGAGCAUGAUGUAAGAUUCUUGUGUCAGAAGCUGGAAGCACUAAUAUAAUGUCCAUCUUUCACUGUUAA